ACAGAAAACAAGCUUUUGUCAAACGAGGUUUAAAUUAAACUAAAUCAAUGUCAAUUCCUAAAACUUGUGUUUGUGGAUUUGUUAUUUGUUAAUAUUCAGAAUCUAUGAUUUUAUUGUAGGCUCUACGUGUUUGGGACUCAAGAAGUGGCUCAAAGAUGAUGAAGCUUCGAUGGCAUACAAAUAACAUUAGGGAUUUGCUUCUUGACUCCACUGGGAGGUUCUGUUUAUCAGGAUCUUCGGAUUCUAUGAUUAGAUUAUGGGAUCUAGGACAGCAAAGAUGUGUGCAUUCAUAUGCAGUUCACACAGAUUUUGUUUGGUCACUUGCUAGCACUCCUACAUUCAAUCAUGUGUAUAGUGGUGGAAGAGAUCUUUCUUUGUACUUAACGGAUCUUUCAAUGAGGAAGAGUAUACUUCUUUGCACAAAAGAACAUCCAAUUCAGGAACCACGUUUGUUCCUGUUUAUAAAGAACCAAUAUUCAGUAUUAAUGGAAUUCCAGGAACCGUGCAAUUUGAAAUUAUGAACAAUAGACGACACGUUUUAACCAAGGAUAAUGCUGGUUGUGUAAAGCUUUGGGAGAUCACUAGAGGUGUUGUGAUAGAAGACUAUGGACAGGUGUCAUUUGAAAAAAGAAGAUCAGCAUUCCUGUGUGGUUGACUAUAGAUAGUAGACUCGGAAACUUAUCUGUCCAUUUGGACACCCCACAGUGUUUUUCAACAGAAAUGUAUUCUGUUGAUCUUAACAGCACCGAAAAGGCUGAGGACGAUAAGGAUUUCAGAAGUAAGGAGAAGGAAUUAAAAGCUAAAGAGGUUGAAUUGAAAAGGAGAGAACAGGUCAUACAGAGGCUGUACUUUCAGUUGUCUUUAGCCCUGACAGACAACAGUUGGCUAGUGGUUCAGGUGACACAACUGUCUGACUCUGGGACUUGA